GUUUGUGGACCACUCUUGAAGCGAGCCGGGGACUAAUCUUUAAUUUUGAAAACGUUUCGAGGACCAUUCUGCAAUUCUCCCGUAGUAAUCUAAUCUAUCGACUAUCACUGUCUAACCGGCAAAGGAGAACGAGAAAGAUGGGAACGUUGCCGGUGGUUUACAGUCACCAGUUACAGGGAUUCGCCUCUAACCAUGUGCGGAGGAGUUCAAUUACUUCUUCAACAGUUUCCACCGCAGUCGGAAUUGAAUCAAUUUUCAUUGGAAGCUGCAAGGACCGACAGAGGCUGAGGAGGUUAUCAUCGUGCCCUUCAAGUCAAAGAUCAUACACUCGCCAUCUCUGCAAGUCUCAACUUGUUCAAGAUUUUGCCCCUGCAGCUUCUGCAGGUUACGCUAUUCUUCUCCUCGGCGGUGGUCUGUUUGCCUACACCAAAUCAGGAAGCAAAGGGUCGCUUUUUGGCGGACUUACGGGGGCAACUCUUAUGUCUGUUGCUUACUAUCUUAUGCAAUCAUCUGAGACAAAGGAGAUAGGUGAUGCACUUGCAUUUGGAGCUUCUCUUCUUUUUGCUUCUAUAUUUGGAAUUCGUCUUGCAGCCACACGGAAAGCAAUUCCUGCGGGACUUCUAUUAGGUCUAUCAGUCUCUAUAAUGGCAGUCACCUUCUCAGCUUACCUACAAGAUAGGAUCUAAUGUAACAUCCACUUUGUGGACAAAUUCAAACCAAUAAAACAUGUUUUAGGCUAUAUUUCUUUUUUCUUCCAUCAAGUAUCGUAUCGAUAAAUCAUGUAUGUGAGAGGAAGUGUUGUAUGAACACAUGUUUCUUUUUCUUGGAAUGAGUCAAGUGUCUGAAUAAC